AUGUCUUUCGCAUCCAAGCAGUGCCCCAGUGCUAAGAUCGGGGCUGGCGCCGUGCCCCACUCAUUCCCUCAUUCCCUGCUAAAGGCCGCCCAGAAGAACCCUCCAAGCGGCAAAGUCGGCGCGGUACUCGCGGGUCUGUGGAAAGACCUCCCUGAGGCUGCACAGAAAGCCUUCCAGGAGGUCGGGUACAGCCCACCUCGGCCGAAAGGGCCACCGCCCCCUCCGCCGGGAUUGGACCUUCACUCCGUUCUUAAAAGUAGGAUGACUGAGAAGGAGUACAACGCUGCCAGGGCCGUGGUCUACGCGGGGGCAGGGCUCCACGUCCAGACCCUUUUGGAGGCCGCGGGAAUCCCCCCUCCACCAGAUGAGGACCUCGACCAGCCAGAACCCACGCCCCAGGAGAAGCUGACAAGGUGUGUCAGCGACUUCAAGAAGGCCACCAACCAGAUGAAGAAUCUGGUAGAGAAAAAGGCCAAGCUCCAGGCUCGAGCGGACAAGCUCAAGCAGGAACUGGAAAAGCUUAUUGGGGACGUGGACCAGGUGGAUAAGGACAUGCCUUGCCGGGCUUGCCCGGCGGCGCUGUUUAGAGUAAACGUUUUGGGUGGGCGGGGACUCGGAUGGCCCGCUUUAGUGCCACCAUACCGCAACCGCCUUGAAGAGUGGUUUAGCACGCCUGAGAAAUUGUAUGCAUCAUUCGACACGAGGGAAGAGCUUGUAUCAUCGCUUAGGGCUUGCGAUAACACGCUUCUUGAAAGUAGCCUGCAGUUGAUUGCGGAUGCACUUCUUGAAUGGCAUGCAGACAAUGCCCGCACAGUUGCGAGUGGGCGCAGGGAAGCAAGGAGGCGCUUGACAGAGUGCUUGCCCAGUGUCCCGGGAACUGGCCUUAGCUUGCAUGAGCAUUACAAUCAGAUCGCACUUCAGAGUCCACUUGCGUUGCUUCCGGUUCUUCGCAAGCGGAAGUUAGCUACUGAUAGGGUCGUAGAUCGCGGUGCCAGGGCCACUGAAGAGAUACGACUUCGGCAGGAGUAUGCAUUGCGUCUUGCAGCCAUCAUGCAGGAGGCGCAACUGCCGGUGUGCAAGGUGCUUGCAGGGGUCAGCAAUGCCGAGGAAGCCUGGCCACGGCUGUUCGGGACCCGUCGCUCCAAGACAUUGAGGAAUCGCUUUAGGGCUUGGGAUAAGUUUCGGGAAUGGUUGCUUUAUAGCCGUGGCAGAAGCUAUCCGGAAGGGGUAGCUGAUGUGCUAGAUUAUGCCAAUGAACGAUUCCAGGAAGGAUGUGGAAAGACAGUUCUCGAAAGCCUGCAAGCCUCUCUCAGUGUAAUUGAGGGUGUAGGGCGCGUGCCGUCCACGCAGCAGAUAUCUCAGGAUCCCACAUGGCAGGCGCAGCUCAAAAGUUACACAGCCGAUUUGGUUUCGGCGGCACCGCCGGAGCAGCCAGCCAGCAUGCUCACCGUUGCUAUCAUCCUCGCAUGUGAGAUCUUCGUUUGCACGCCUGGGGAGCCUAGUUACUUGAGAGCAUUGGGCUUUGUUUGCUUAUUGAUGGUUUGGGGAUCGCUUCGGGCUGAUGAUGUUCAGGGGCUCCUGCCGCAGACCAUGCUUCUGGACGAGCGAGGGCUUAGCAUUGAUCUCGCGCGGUCCAAGACUACAGGGCCCGACAAAAGGACCCACACCGUCAAGGUCUUCGUGGAACGGAGUAUCUCUCUGACAGGGCAUGAUUGGCUGAAGGUCGGAUAUGCACUUUGGAAGGAUUUCGAUUUUGAGAGGGAUUAUUUGGUUUUGAAGGCCAAUGAAGGUUUCACGGAACCCCUUGAGAAGUCGGUGCCUUCCUCCACGGUGGCCCUUUACUUCCGCAAAGUUCUCAGUGAGUUGAAGACGCCCAAGCGUGAGGGACGCACCUGGAAGGCCAAUGAUCAGCGUCCGCUGCUCCCAGGAUACACUUCCAGUCAUUUUACGGGCCAUUCUGCGAGGAACUUCCUUAGCUCGGUCGGGGCGGCCAUCGAUGUCGACCCCAGGGAGCUUGAUUAUCUGGGUCGCUGGAAGGUAGGUGGCGAAGGUUCUGCAACCUACAUUCGCACUUCUAGGCAGGUUGUGCAUCGUCUCCAGAGUCACAUUGCUUGUUCUCUUGUCACCGGACAGCCUAAGCACUACAUCGAGGUGGAUUCCAUCAAGGCUUUGACGGACUAUGCAGCUAAGGCGGGGGAGAGCGAAUCUCAGGUUCGUCGCCGUCACACCCUCCUCGAGGGAUCCAAAGGCUUGGGCGGAUCGUGGCCAACUCUGGCAUUGGAAGUGGGUGUUGCGGCACCACCUUCUCCAGUCGAGCAGGUCUCGAUGCCAGGCAGCCGGGGGGAUUACUUCAUCGUUACCUCUCGCACUACAGGCCUGAGGCGUUUGCACAUGUUGGGUUGCUAUGUCAAGCCUGAGAAUUGUUACGAUGUAAAAUUUGUCAAUCAUGUCGGCGCGGAGGACGUCGAUAACAUUUGCAAAGAUUGCAAAGCAAGAAUGAAGGCUCAGGCCGGAGAGGAGGAAUCAGACCCCUCCAGCAGUGACAGUGGGAGGAAGUCUCACUCGGCGCAGGCCGUGAGGUGCCGGCGGAUUCCGCAUCCUGUCACAGGCCUCAGGGCGACGGGUGGACACAUCGCAGUGCAGCUAAAGGCCUCAGGGCGGCUAGCAAUCCAAGUCCUACAGGGCCACAGGCGAUUCCAGGCAAUCGCCGAUUCCCGGCCGGAAGCUCGGGCUGCUGGGAAGGCGGACUUUGGUUUUGAUGAUGGGGCUGCUGAAGGGCGACAACAAAUCGCGGGGGUCGUCGCUGCAUGGGAACUUGCGCGCGACGUAAUCAGCAAAGAGACGGAAACGCGAGCAGAGGCGAAAGUGUUAGGCCAGCCGCGAAUCUUGCAAGUCACAGAGAGGCAAGCAAUGCUCAAGGCGGUAGCGGCCGUUCACAGGCAGCUGGGAGAGUCGGAGACUCCAUCGUCUGAGUACCUCGCUCUCAAGUGCGAGGAGUGCGAAGCCAAUGAGCCUCAGGCUUCAACCUUGGAUGCCAUAACUUCGAAGAAGAACACGCUCACCACGAGCAUCCAGUCCAGCCUUGACGCUUCGGGGCGAAUUCAUAUUACUCAGCACAAAUCCAAGAGUGAGCUCCCGACUACUACAGAAGCUUAUCGCAAGGUCCUUCGCGUGGAAGCUUUCACAUGGCUAUGCAUGGCAUCCCGCUUUAAAUCCAAGCAGUGGCUUCAGGAUCUCAAGCUGUCUGACUUCGACCACUUCGUGAACUACAUCCUUGGCGAAAAGGUCGCUCAGCUCUCAGUGCCUACGUCUCAUCAGCCAGCAGAUGAGACCUACUUCACGACGCCGCUCGCCUUGUCCAUCAUUGAGCGACCACGCAAGUGGCACAAAGGCAAGGGGAAGGGCAAGGACGGUGAUGUGGGCUCUUACCUUCAGUCGUUGGGCAAUGUCACUAACCUUCUUCAGUUCGAUCUUCAGCGCUCCGCGGAGCAUGACUUGACUAAGGAAGGCUUGUGGCAGCACAUCUUUCAAUUGCUUGGCGAAGGGGAUUGGAUCCUCAUUGUGGAGCAGGCUAAUUAUUUUCUUGAUCAGACCGUGACGGCAUGUCAACUUGCAUGGCAGUAUGUCCUGGAGCACCCGGAGGAUCUCGGCGCGACGCCGGAUCACGAGUUACCGGCUUCCAUUUGGCAACUACCAGCUCUGCGUGAGCUCCAGGUUUCCACUCAGGCCAUCACUUUUGCAUUCUUUCAAUGCAGCUUUGAGGCUCCCACUUCCAAACCUACCCGCCUUCUCACUAAUCUACAGGCCUUUGUCGAGCAGCCUCCGCCUUUUGCUUCAUGGCCACGCUUCGACUCCAGCGAUCGCUACGUGCGGCCGUUGCCGCCACGCUGCCCGCACGGGAAACACGACAAAGUACUUGCAGGCCGAGAAGGCUCCCGCUGGGCGACCGAGUCAUCAGCAGCCUAUCCUCCUCUGUUGUGUGAGUGGCUUGCGCAUGCUGUGCUUGCUUCCGCUUCGCAGGGGGGACUUGGGUCAGCGCCGCACAGCUCCGUUCCAGGCUUGUACCGGAAGGGUGGAGGCCUGAUCGGGCUCAGGUCCGCGUGCAAAGGCUUCCCGGCUUCCACUGAAGCAUUGGCAUCCUUCGUGCGUAGCAACAUGCCCGGGCACCCCUUUACCACGAUUAGCCUUUACCUUAACACCGGCACCAAGCCCCACAAGGACUCCAGGAACGCACCUUUGCCCAAUGGGAUAAUAGGGGUUACUGACUUCGUAGGAGGAGAGAUCUGGGUCGAGGCCCAGGAUGGGGAGUCUGUUCAGAUUGUUGACGGUAAGCGCUUAAGUGGUCACCUUCUUCCGAUCAGUGAGACACCCACCUACAUACAUGCUUACCGCGAUCUUCACCUCACAAUGCCCUGGAAAGGUAAGAGAUUGGUCAUCAUAGCUUUCAGUGUAUCGGAGCAUACUCAGGCAUGCGAUGAGGAUCUCGCGUUUCUUCGCGGGCAUGGUUUCGUCCUUCCGGGCGAAGAGCACACUGUUGAUCUUGAGGCGGUCCAGUCAGAUGAUUCGGAGGUGCUGGAGGGGGGCGAGGUCGAAAGACCGGAGCCCUUCAAGCAUCAGGAGUGCCACAACAUCGGGCUGCCUUUGAACCUCGAGUGGGAUGGCAAAACUCAGCCGAUCACGGAUGGCUUUGGACUCUGCUCACCCACUAGAUGGCCUCCGGAAGCCAGGGGGGGCCUGCUGCCCAAGCAGGCUUUGGAGUUCGCCACUGCCAUGCAUCAAGUGCUUCGAGACUUUGUAGCGGACGUUGUGCCUGAUAUCAGGCGCACGGCGAUGGAGCUUGCGCUAGGCCGCCUUAAGGAAUCAUCUUUCACUCCCGAGAUGUUAGGGGUCCUUAGGAAGGAGUGGUUUAGUUGCAUAGAGGCUGCUUCGGGAGGCAAGUGUACGGAUCUUGAUGUGGUGCCGAGUGGCCAGCCAUUCUUCUUGCAUGCUGUGUCUGCGACAGCGCGGCUGUUGCAGGACCCAGAUUGGAAAGCCGUUUCUUGCCAGGAGGACUCCUAUGUCAGCGGGGUCGCGAUCGGUUAUGACUGCCCCGCGCCUCACUUGCCACAGGUGUACGAGUACAAACACAAGUCCCGCAAGCUCGAUGAAUCGGAUGCCGAGUGGCAUCGCGAGAACUAUUCGUCGGCAAACGAAACGUCGGAUCAGCUUGAGAAGAAGUUUGCAGAGGAAGAGGCUCUUGGGCGCAUGGAGGUAGUUCACCUUGUGCGUAGCGCAAAGCAAAGUCAGGAAGCCACCUUUUGCCUCACCGGCGAUGUGACGGUGCGCAACGACACGCCGGUCGUUUGGUACAACAAAGUAGGAACGUUCGGUAUAUCAUCAUCCGCCUUCCUUUGGUCCAGAUUGUUUGGAAUCAUCGGCCGCUGCACCGCGCGCUUUCUUUUGACAUUGUGGUUCUAUCACCUCGUCUUCGUAGAUGAUGUUCACGCCAACUUCGCAGGAAGGGAGAAAUUUCAUCAUUUGCUCAUGUGGCUAGCAUGCUUCGAGAUGUUUGGCACACCUUUCGCAUACAAGAAGUUCCGCGGUGGGCUCACUUCGGCUUUUGUGGGUUACGAACUUUCUUAUCCAGACCAGAGGGUUGGAAUUUCGGAAUCGCAGGGCCAGUGGCUCUUGAAAUGGAUCGCUGAGGCUCGGACCUCGAAGUUUGUUGUUUCGGUUCGCAGGUUUGCUGAGUUCUUAGGGAGACUGGGCUUCGUUGCUCGGCUUUUGGUUUGGCUUAAGGCACACCUUGCGCCGCUUUACAGCUGGAGGGCAGCGGUGAACGACAGUUCAGUCGCUCGGAUGCCCGACACCGUCAUCCUUACUCUUGAAUAUCUUGACCUCACGUUCAGGGACAUGACGUUCAAGGUCGCCGCAGCAAGAUCGGUCAAGAGAGCAGGUCACAGUCAGUGGGCUUCGGCAUCGGCUGAAUUGCUGGCCACGCUGGCCGCACUGCACAUCUUCGGUCACCUUGAAGCCGGGCCAACUAGGCGCUUGAUGAAGGUUGAGGUUUUAGCUCAGACGGAUAAUAAGUCUAACGAGGGCUUGACUCGCAAGGGUUCUACAACGCGCUGGCCCUUGCUCAUGGUGAACAUGCAGCUCACCCAUGUUCUCAUGAAGGCCGGCUUGCGGUUGAACUUGGGAUGGCGUCCACGGGACGAAAAUCAGGAGGCCGAUGAUUUAACCAACGAAAUCUUCGACCGUUUCUCUGAGGAGUUGCGGGUCCCAGUGCAGUACUCCGAAUUGCCGCUUUCCUUUCUUCACACUCUUUACGAAGCCAGGCGUGCACAGCUGAGCAGCCGUGAAGUGGAUUCCAUCCGCGACACG